CAUAACAUUUUAGCGUUAAAACUUGUGGCUGUGUAAAUUACCUUGACUCACAAUUAGCCAAAAAUUAUGUAUACUUAACUGUGAACAUCUCUUAAUAAAGUAAUUCAUAUCUGCAUAAGCAGUUCGUCCAGUGAUGUCAAGUAAUCCCAAAUAUUCUGACUCAGAAAUUGAGCGGAAAAGAUUAUUGGCGAUCCAACGUAGAGAAUUACUGACAAAAAAAGUAUCUGGUGGAUCACCUCAAGCAGGGCAGAGUCCGCAAAGUUCAAACUCAUUGCAAAGCGCAGACACUUGUGCAGGGAACCGAUUUAGCAAUGGUCAUAGCAGCUCAAGAAAUCAAUUUGUCAUGCAAUCACAGAUCAAAAACAAUAGAUAUAACCCGCUUAAUACUAAGGAGCCAACCAAGUUUUUCAACAAACAGGAAACUGCUACUGCAAAAUGUUUCAUGAAGACUGAUAACAGAUUUGCUGUUGACCUGCCCAUGUUUCAACAACAAGUUAUUGAGGUUUUCAAGACAAUUCCAAGCAGAUCAUAUGAUGUAAAGACAAGAAUUUGGGACUUCAAUAUCAAAGAUUAUGAUCUUCUCAUGGAGAAACUAGCUCCUUUGAAAUCACGAGUAGUUAUAGAAGGAUUGCCAAGUACGAUACUUCGGGUAUUCAAAAGAGAUAACAACACCAACUAUGAUUCUAUCGAUUUGUCAGCUAUAGAUUCAAAGUUGGUAGAGUCCCUGAUGCCGUUUCAAAGAGAGGGUAUUUGCUAUGGAAUUUCAAAAGAGGGGCGAUGCCUCAUUGCCGAUGACAUGGGACUUGGAAAAACAAUUCAAGCUUUAGGAAUAGCACAUUAUUAUAUGAAUGAAUGGCCCCUCCUCAUCGUCACCCCAUUGUCCGUGAGGUACCAGUGGUCGGAAGCUAUCUAUAAAUUUCUGCCUUCUGUCCCCAUACAUUACAUUAAGCACUUUACGACUGGCAAGGACUUCAUAAGCGACGCUAAAAUCGUCAUUAUGUCCUAUGACAUCUUAGCCCGAGCAAUUGACAGUGUUGAAAAAAAUGUUUAUGGCGUAAUAAUAUUUGAUGAAUGCCACUUCCUCAAGAGCUCCAAAGCGGCACGCACAAAGGCUGCAAGACGUAUAGUAGCUCAAGGGAAACGAGUUAUUUUGCUCAGUGGUACACCAGCUCUUUCUCGACCAUUGGAAUUAUAUUCCCAGAUUAAUCUGAUCAUGCCAAAAUUUUUAGGGUAUGUUGAAUAUGGCACUAGAUACUGUGCUGGAGUAAGAGGAGCUUUCGGUUGGGACUUUAGCGGUUCUUCGAAUAUGGAAGAGUUGCAGCUACUGCUACAACGUUGCUGCUUGAUAAGGCGUCUAAAGAGUGAAGUAUUACAGCAAUUACCUUCCAAAAUCAGGCAAGUUGUUGUUUUGGAUCCCACAUUAAUCAAAACAGGAACUGAGGAGGUAGAACAAAUAUCUAACCGAUUACAGACAAUGCGUUUGAAGAGUUCAGAACAGCACGCACUCCUGUUACAGUACUACAGUGAAACAUCAAAAAUGAAAUUGAAGGCUAUUCGUAACUACGUUAUUGAUUUACUGGAAAGUAAAUCAAAGUUCUUGAUUUUUGCCCACCACGCGGUCGUCAUCAGUGAAAUUUGCGAUACUGUUCAGUCAAAAAAAAUAAAGUAUAUCAAGAUUGACGGAUCGACAAAAUCUGAUUUUCGUAAGUCGCAGUGCGAUCUGUUUCAAGAACAGCCAGAUUACUUAGUAGCUGUACUUUCCAUAACAGCGGCAAAUGCAGGGAUUACUCUGACGGCUGCUGAACGUGUCGUAUUUGCCGAGCUGUACUGGAACCCAGGGGUAUUGUGUCAAGCUGAAGACAGGGCGCACAGAAUUGGACAAAAGAGUAGUGUGCUGAUUCAGUUUCUCGUCGCAAAAAAUACAGCUGAUGAUCAUCUGUGGCCUUUAAUGCAGGCAAAAUUGGAUGUCUUAGGCAAAGCUGGACUCAGUCAAAACUUUUCAGUUCACAAGACGACAGAGACUAGGCAAGAGGUCACAGAGCAGAGGCAAACGAAACUAGAUUCAUAUGUUACCAAAUCCAGUUCACAACCAAAACCGAAUGAACUUAGUUCACAGGAUUGUGUUGCACUUGCCAAAGCAGUAGAAUUUGAGGAGACAAAUUCGAUGGAGAAAGAAAAAAGGGAGCUACAUGAUUUACUCGAAAUGGAUGAUGAAGAUCUAAGCACAUUGGAUUUAGAUAUGGUUGAAUAGUAUUACGUUGAUAAUAAGUUGUUGAGACUGAUAAAUAUUUAUACAAUAGUUACAAAAAUGUUUGAAGAUGGAACGUGUUUUAAGAACUUGAAAAUGAAUUUGUCAGUUCUUGAAACUGUAUUCUCGGUCCUAAACAUCAUGAUUAUACAUAUAUUGCGAGUAUUUAUAAGCGUUAAGUACCUAAAUUCAUUGUAAAAUUGUCGCUGAAUAUUUUUAUACUUCCAAAUAAUUGAUGUGAUUACAAAAUA